UACUUCAUUAUCAAUUUAUCACAACCAACACUUGAACAAAAUAUAACUACAAUGGCUCCAGCUCUGUGCCUGUCACUUCUAACUUCCCUUACAAUUACACCAACACCAGGUAUUUAUAUUAAGAACCAUGCAAAUUCAAAGCACAACAGAGUCAACUCUGUGUUUCAACGUUCUUCCACUUCUAGACUCAUUGCAAAGGCUAAUGCAAAAGGAAACCAGCAAAACACCAAACCCAAUAGUAUGAUAUGUGCAGAUUGUGAUGGAAAUGGAGCAGUUCAAUGCUCUCAGUGCAAAGGUAGUGGGGUGAACUCUGUUGAUGUUUUCAAUGGACAGUUUAAAGCUGGUGACUCAUGCUGGCUUUGCGGGGGAAGGAAGGAAAUGUUAUGUGGAAAUUGCAAUGGAGCUGGAUUUGUGGGUGGCUUCUUGAGCACUCAUGAUCAGUAGGGAAGUGGGAACCAUGAUUACCUCAAUGAAUUUAAUUU